AUGGGGACUUGGGAGGUGGUGCACCAACCACCAGGAGUACCACUUGUGGACUCCAAGGUUGUGCUUCAGCUGAAGCUUGACACUGAUGGUGUGCCCAUUAAGCACAAGGCAGCCAUCUUAGCACUAGCAGUGCAGAACAACUGGGAGGUGCAUGCUCUGGACAUCACUAUGGCUUACUUGAACUCCACAUUAAAGGAAGCAAUCUACAUGAAGCCACCAGAAGGAUCAGGAGUAGCUCCUGGCCAGGUGUACAAGGUAGUCAAGGGUUUAUAUGGCCUAAAGCAGUCUGGGCAAGAAUGGAACCAGGAGUUCAACAGGUCUUUGCAAUGCUUGGGAUUCUUCCAGGUAGAGUGCACUCCCUGCAUCUACACCAAGGGACAGGGUGAAGAUAUGGCCAUUGUGGUCAUCUAUGUUGAUGAUACAUUAGUCAUAGCACCACGGCAGGAAACAGUCCUAAAGGUUAAGAAGCAGAUCAGCCAGAGAUGGAAGAUGGAAGAUAGUGGUGAGGUCUCUCACUUCCUUGGCAUCAAAAUCAGUCAAGACCAUGUGAUGCGCACCAUGACAAUUGGUCAGUCAGGGUACAUUGACCAAGUGCUGGUGAAGCACCUGGACAAAUGUACAAAGCUGAUCAUGGUUCCAAUGCAGAGCAUACUGGAGGGAACCAUUGUUGCAAGUGCAGUGCAACAGAAGGAGUAUCUGGUGAUUGUUGGCAAGCUGCUCUGGGUUGCCAACAGCACCUGGCCUGACCUUAGCCUCACUGUGGGAGUUCUCGCUAGACACAUGUGUGAACCAUCACAGGAGCAUUAUCAGUCAGCACAACAGGUCUUACACUACCUCGAAAGCACAAAGGAGGUUGGAUUGGUUUAUAGGGCAAAUGAGUUGCAAGAGCCACUGGUUGCACACAGUGAUGCAAACUGGGUGAGCAACACCACCAUACAGAGAAGGAGUACAUCAGGGUCAGUGGCAUUAGUGUAUGGGAACCCAGUAGCCUGGAAGUCAGUGAUGCAAAAAUGUGUAUCAUUGUCUGCUGUCAAGGUGGAGUUUGUUGCAGCCAUGGAAGCAACAUGUGAGGUGCUCUUCCUCAAGCAGUUGCUACACUCAAUUGGCAUUGCCACAGGCACCCCAAUGGUCUACUUGGACAACACUGGUUGCAUACAGGUUAGUAAGGACCCAGCACAGCACUGGAAGCUUAAGCACAUUGACACCAAGUAUCACUUCAUCCAUAACAAUGUCCAAGAGGGAAGGGUGCAGAUCAAGUAUGUGGACACCACAAGAAACUUGGCAGAUGUACUCACAAAGCCCAUUGGGAGACAAGCAAUGCAGCAAGCAAGAUCUGGGCUACACCUGCAAAUACCAGCAGUGGCAUACAAAACAGGGUCCCCAAGCUAUGUGACAGUAUUGAAGAAUGGAGGCCACUUCCUGAAACAACAGCAUAAUGAACAGGGUACAUAUGCUGUUUAG